ACAUAAGGCUGAAGUCCAGAUAGGAAGUUGACACCUCUUGAAGCCUUGCAUAAGUGGGGAAAUCCUAUUGUAAGCUCACAUUACCCAAGAGAAAAAUAAUAUUCUAUAAUAAGUGGGACCAGCAUGCACUUAUAGAAUGACUGCGGAGAGCUCAAGCUUUUAAAAUCAUCUUUCCUGAAUAUCAUCACAAGAAAAGAUUCUUCUGAGACAGAGAAGAGAAAUGGAUCCCCUCAAAGAUUCUGCAGUAGAAAACACAGAGAGAAUAGGACUCCAUUCUCCCCUAUGUUAUUGUAUUAUCACUGGAGUUUCUAUAUUAUUCCUCAGCUCCUGUUUCAUCACCAAAUGUGUUGUGUCCCAUCGCUUAUUCUCUCGGGAGUGUGAAGAAGACAAGGACCAGUUUUAUUUGACUGAAUCCACCUGCUUUAUUGACCCCUCAGGAACUAUAAAUACCUGCUGCCCAUUAAACUGGAAAAAAUUUCAAACAAGCUGUUACUUCUUCUCUAAUGAUACCAUGACUUGGACUGCAAGCUUGAAGAAUUGUGAAGAAAUGGGAGCUAAGCUCGCAGUUAUAAACACACGAGAGGAGCAGAUUUUUCUUUUCCGAACAAAACCCAGAGGGAGAGAGUUCUACAUUGGUCUGACAGACCAAGUGGUUGAUGGCCAGUGGAAGUGGGUGGAUGGUACACCAUUCAACGAAUCUUUGAGCUUCUGGGAUAUAGGGGAGCCAAACAACAUUGCUGGGGUUGAGGACUGUGUAACUAUUAGAGACAGUUCAAAUGCAAACAACUGGAAUGAUAUGACAUGCUUCUUCAGGAUGUAUCGAAUUUGUGAAAUGCCAGUGCAUUUUUCGAUGGAGAAAAAACAGUAAAGAGAAUAUAUGCUUUUAAAAUUUAUAAUGUAAAAGGAUGAAAUAUGUUUAUGUUAACAUUUAUUAUUGUUGUUUUAAAUCUGAAUUGAUAAAUAAAUAUUUAACAAAUUUA